UUACCCAACAUGGUCGACACAUUAUAUCGUUCACCAUCAUAAACAGUGAACAUCGAGAUCUCCUAUUGCUAUAUUAAGUUCAGUUGACUCUAUUAUAAAUUAUACCAGUACAGUAAAUAUCCCCACGGGACGGUAAGCUACACCCGAGACAAUGAAGAUGUUUUUGCUGCUCGCGACGGCCGUGCUGGUCGUGGUCACGGUCGGGGCUGACACUAGCGGUCCUCUCAAAACGCUGAGCGCUGUGCAUCACGGCGCUGAUGUGAACGGAGCUGCGAAGGCCGCCCUCUUCCGUUCGGCUGACACGGAAAGCAUCAAACACAAUUCGCUCCACAUGCCUGACGAUGACUCUUUUCUGUACGUCGAGCUCCUGGAAGCUACCAUGGACCCAGACUAUGGUGCUGGUAACAACACAGAUGAUGGUGGUAUAACGGCUGGAGGAAUAGCAAGCAUAGUGGCUGUGUUGAUGGUCAUAUUAGCUUACGCGGCCGCCUUCCUCUUUCAUGUCAUCAGGGAAAAACUUUAUACGCGAUGGUUUUAAUACAAGUAGAAAAAAAUAUAACUCAGUACUCACUGAAGUGAGUGACAGAGAGCGCA